AUGCAGCUCUUGAAAGCUUUAUGGGCACUAGCAGGAGCAGCGAUCUGCUGUUUUCUUAUAUUUGUCAUCCACUCACAGUUUCUUAAAGAAGGUCAACUGGCUGCAGGUACAUGUGAGAUUGUUACUUUGGACAGAGAUAGCAGUCAGCCCCGAAGGACUAUAGCCCGACAAACAGCUCGCUGUGCAUGUAAAAAAGGACAGAUUGCCGGUACAACAAGAGCAAGGCCAGCCUGUGUUGAUGCACGAAUUAUCAAAACAAAACAGUGGUGUGAAAUGCUCCCAUGUUUAGAAGGAGAAGGCUGCGAUUUGCUAAUCAAUAAAUCAGGCUGGACCUGUACACAACCAGGAGGACGGAUAAAGACAACCACGCUGAAGUGGGAAAUUAAGGAGUAUGAAGAAGCUGAGAGAGAGCUCACAGUGGAUAAAAGGUGUAAUUACUCUGACAUGGAGCUCAGUGCUUAG